AUCAGUCUUCUCUAAACCUAUGUAGAUGUCUGUCAAUUAGUAUCACAUCACUGUGCCAAGAAAAUCGCAUGACACAAGAAAAUCGCAUUUAUCAAUAAUGUGGUACAAAGCAGACAGAAUUAUCUUUAUGUGCCUGUUGUGCGUCCAGUCAAUGACAGCACAUGACCAGAAUACUUGCCAUCUGCCAAAUCAUUUAAUUCAAGAGAUAGACUCUUAUGCGCCAAUAGUACACAGAAUAAUUAAUGAAAGUAUGCAAGGUUCAUUCAAAGGGACCACAUGGCAAGAUUUGGCAACAUUUGUUGACAAGUUUGGCCCGAGAUUUACCGGUACCCAAGUUCUUGAAGACGCUAUUGAUUACGUAUUGAACAAAUCGAUCAGUUUAGGUUUAGAUAAUGUUCAUGGUGAACCAGCCACCGUACCACGCUGGGUCAGAGGUUCGGAAUCUGCAACUCUUUUGCAACCACGGCAAAAAAAUCUGGCGUUACUGGGUCUGGGCUAUAGUAUUGGUACUCCGAUAAAAGGCAUAACUGCUAAUGCUGUCGUAGUGAAUAGUUUCGCAGAACUUAAAAAAAGGGCAGAAGAGAUUCCCGGAAAAAUAGUCGUGUACAAUCAAAAGUUUGUCUCGUAUGGAGAGACUGUAGAAUAUAGAAGUGUGGGAGCUAUAAGAGCUGCAGAAUUGGGAGCUGUAGCUGCAUUAAUCAGAUCAGUAACGCCAUUUUCAUUGUACACCCCACAUACGGGUAUGAUGAAUUAUGCAGAGAACGUUACUAAAAUCCCAGCUGCUUGUAUAACUGUUGAAGACGCAACUCUCCUGAGAAGGAUGGCGGAUCGAGGUGAAACGAUAGUGAUAAACUUAAAAAUGGAAGCGAAGAGAUAUCCCGAUACUCAAUCUCGAAACGUUGUAGCGGAUAUCAUCGGCUCUAGCGCGCCUGAAAAAGCAGUCGUCGUUUCUGGACAUAUAGAUAGUUGGGAUGUUGGAAUAGGCGCAAUGGAUGAUGGAGGUGGCAUUUUCAUAUCUUGGAACGCAUUAAAAUUGUUGACACGAAGAACGAUAAGAAUGAUAAUGUGGACUGCUGAAGAAUUUGGUCUUCUCGGAGCGGAACAGUAUAUACGGAAUCACGCUGCAGAGAAUGGAAAUUUGCAGUUCGUGAUGGAAUCUGAUUUCGGUACUUUCACGCCUACAGGUCUCGAAGUUUCAGGAAACAAUUAA